AUGUUCUCUUGCUUAGUUGCUGCCCUUGUUGGUAUUUUCACCAUAGCCUACACUGCUUUUCAAUGGCGAAGAGCCUCAAAGAAAAGUCCAAACAAGACUCUCGUUGCUCCACAUCGCUGGGAACUCCACUCUUCAUCCCCUGCCAAGAACUUGAACUGCUGUGUAUGCUUGAAGUCGACAAUUGUAGCUUCUGAAAGUUCUAUCCACAGGUGCAACAUCUGUGGAGCAGCAGCCCAUUUUAGUUGCUCCCCAAGUGCCCCUAAAGAUUGCAAAUGCGUCUCCAUGGUUGGAUAUAAGCAUGUGGUGCACCAGUGGACGGAAAAUGCUGAUCAGACAGAUGACUCCUCGUUUUGUAGCUACUGUAACGAGUCAUGUAGUAGCUCCUUUCUUGAGGGGUCUCCUAUAUGGUGCUGCUUGUGGUGCCAACGUCUUGUCCAUGCCGACUGUCGCAGCAGUAAUAUGUCAAAUGAAACAGGAGACGUUUGUGAUCUUGGCCCUCUUAGAAGGCUAAUUAUGUGCCCUCUUUAUGUUAAAGAGUUGACUCUGAAUCCCUGUGGAUGGCUUUUUAGCAGAAUCAGGCAUGGUGCAAAUAAACUUAAGUAUGAGCUAGCUGAUUUGCCUUCAGAUGCAAGACCGUUGUUGGUUUUCAUUAACAGAAAGAGUGGUUCUCAACGAGGUGAUUCCCUUCUUCAGCGCCUUAACCUUCUUCUAAAUCCUGUGCAGGUAUGUGAAUUGAGUUCAAUGCAGGGACCAGAAGUGGGGCUAUUCCUCUUCAGGAAGGUUCCUAACUUUAGAGUUGUUGUUUGUGGUGGAGAUGGCACUGCUGGUUGGGUAUUGAAUUCCAUAGAAAAACAGAGUUUUGUCUCUCCUCCUGCGGUUGCUAUCCUGCCUGCUGGAACCGGGAAUGAUCUAGCCCGGGUAUUGAACUGGGGUUGUGGUUUGGAUUCUUUUGAGAGACAAGGAGGCUUAUCUACAGUAUUACAGAACAUAGAACAUGCUGAAGUCACUGUCCUUGAUCGUUGGAAAGUAUCAAUACUGAAUGAGCAAGGAAAGCAACUCCAGCCGCCAAAAUAUAUGAACAACUAUAUAGGAGUUGGGUGUGAUGCAAAGUUCUUCCUUAAUAUUCACAAUCUACGGGAGGAGAAUCCAGAGAUGUUUUAUAGCCAGUUUAUGAACGAAGUAUUAUUUGCUAGAAAAGGUGCAAGGAGUAUAAGAGAUAGAACGUUCGAAGAUUUCCCAUGGCAAGUUCGAGUUGAGGUGGAUGGUGUUGACAUUGAGGUUCCUGAGGAUGCUGAAGGAGUGCUUGUUGCAAACAUCGGAAGUUACAUGGGAGGUGUUGAUUUAUGGCAUGAUGAAGAUGAAACGUAUGAAAGCUUUGAUCCGCAAUCUAUGAAUGACAAGAUAGUAGAAGUCGUGAGUAUAUCUGGAACAUGGCACCUUGGUAAACUUCAGGUUGGGUUCUCUCGUGUCACAAGAUUAGCUCAAGGGCAAUCAGUCAAAAUACAACUUUGUGCACCAUCAUUGCCUGCGCAAAUUGAUGGAGAACCUUGGGUUCAGCAACCGUGUACCUUAACCAUAUCACACCAUGCCCAGGCUUUCAUGCUGAAGAGAGCCGCAGAGGAGCCACUAGAAAGAGCAGAAACCAAUGAAGUGAUCAACGCUUGAGAGAAUCGAGUUCUGCUUCAAGAAAUGCCUCUACGGCUAACUCAAAAUAGAAACAAAACCUUCCCUCAUUAGAAGCAGUUGCUUGGCGAAGGGGUUAAUGAUAUCAAAGAAAACGAGGUUACUUGUAAUAAACGGUUUUAAUAAAAGUAAUUUUUAUUUUGAGCAAAACGGUUUUAAUAAUGGCAUUGCUGUAAACAAAACGGUUUAAGGUCUUCUGUUC